GAACAAGGCUUUCCGACUGACUGUCUUUCGGAAGUUUGGCAACUUUUUUUGUUUUUUUUUUUUAAUAAUUCAUCCAAGAGUCAGAUUUUAGCGAAUCAAAAUGGCCGAUUCAAAAGAAAAUCUAUUACUUUUCUUCGACCGUCCCACGGAGCCAUGCUUCAUGCAAAAGGGGGAGGAAAGAUCUACCUUUCAGAUACCUGACAAUUUCUACCCAGAUAAAUACAAGGCAGUAAGCAACACCUUGGCUAAUCGCUUCGGUGCUGAUUCUAAGUCUAUCCCGGUGAACGAGAUAGCUCUUCCGAAUCUACAACUGCCGAUGGAGCUGCCGUUCAACAACCAAUUCUCUCUGUUCGUGCCUAAGCAUAGGAAAAUGGCGGGCAAACUUAUUGACAUAUUCAUGGGUAUGAGAAACGUUAAAGAUUUGAUAUCGAUAUGUUCGUACUGCCAACUACGCAUCAACCCUUAUAUGUUUAACUAUUGUCUGUCGGUUGCUAUUUUACACAGACCUGAUACUAAGGGAUUAGACAUCCCUACGUUUGCUGAAACAUUUCCUGACAAAUUUAUGGACCCUAAGGUAUUCCGCCGCGCACGAGAAGUCAGCACCGUGGUUACUGCAGGCGUGAAGAUGCCGAUAACAAUACCAUUGAAUUACACCGCGUCACCAUCUGAACCGGAGCAGCGUGUGGCAUACUUCCGUGAAGAUAUGGGCAUCAAUCUUCACCAUUGGCACUGGCAUUUGGUCUACCCGUUUGAUGCCGCAGACCGCGCUGUAGUCAACAAGGACAGGAGAGGAGAACUCUUUUAUUACAUGCACGAGCAGAUCAUUGCCAGAUACAAUACAGAACGAUUGUGCAAUAAUUUGGGAAGAGUAAAACGCUUCAACAACUUCCGAGAGCCAAUAGAAGAGGGUUACUUCCCCAAACUGGACUCGCAAGUGGCCAGUCGAGCUUGGCCUCCCAGAUUCGAAGGUUCAUCAAUUCGAGACUUGGACAGACCGGUCGAUCAGAUCAGGAGUGAAGUUGCAGAACUAGAGACUUGGAGAGAUCGUUUCAUUGAAGCUAUACAGAACAAUGCUGUUCUACUGCCAAACGGCAGUCAAAUGCCUUUAGACGAAGAAACAGGCAUAGACGUGCUCGGUAACCUGAUGGAAUCCUCUAUCAUCAGCCGCAAUAGGGUCUACUACGGGGAUCUACAUAACAUGGGCCACGUGUUUAUCUCUUAUUGUCAUGAUCCUGACCAUCGUAACUUGGAACAAUUUGGAGUGAUGGGUGAUUCGGCUACGGCCAUGCGCGACCCUGUAUUUUAUCGCUGGCACGCGUAUGUUGAUGAUCUGUUUACGAUGUAUAAGAGCAAAUUACCACCUUAUGGAGAUGACAGGUUGGAUUUCCCUGGUAUUCGUGUGUCAUCUAUCAAUAUCGAGAGUCCUGCAGGCGCUAACACGUUUGCAACUCAAUGGGAACAGAGCACGGUGGAACUGAGUCGUGGCAUGGACUUCACGCCACGUGGAAGUGUGCUCGCUCGCUUUACACAUCUACAGCAUGAUGAAUUCGUCUAUGUGAUCGAAGUAAACAAUACCCUCGCUCAAGCCGCUACGGGAACUGUACGUAUAUUCAUGGCACCCACCGUUGACGAAAACGGUGCCCCGCUUACCUUUGAAGACCAGAGACGACUCAUGAUCGAAUUGGACAAGUUUACCCAACCAUUGAAUGCGGGAACCAACACGAUCCGACGUAGGAGUAUCGAAUCAUCAGUGACAAUCCCAUACGAGCGUACGUUCAGGAAUCAGUCUAACCGACCGGGGACCGCGGGCUCUGCACAAGCCGCACAGUUCGACUUCUGCGGCUGCGGCUGGCCUCACCACAUGCUUAUACCUAAAGGCACACCUGAAGGAUAUCCUGUGGUAGUCUUCGCUAUGGUCACCAAUUGGGAUGAAGAUAAGAUCGAGCAAGAUCUAGUAGGAACCUGCAAUGAUGCUGCGGCAUAUUGCGGCAUCCGUGACCGUCGCUACCCGGACAAACGUCCCAUGGGAUUCCCCUUCGACCGUCCCGCGCCUGUUAGCAUCUUAGAAGACUUCCUGAAACCAAACAUGGCGAUCAAACAAUGUAACAUUCGCUUCACCGACGCCACCCGAGUACGUACACAGCAAGGGUAGGUUAUUUUGAUAGUUAAAAUUUAAGCCGUCUUUACAAAAACCAUAAACAUUUUUAAGAUUUGUAACUGGCAACUUUUUUGUUUCUGAUUUUUAAACGUGUUUUAAUACGUGAUCUUUGAUAUAAUGAUUGAAUUUUGUAAUAAUCUAAAAUCAUCUAUAAAUAUCAAUAAAAUAUAAGUUUUUGUAAAUAUGGCUUUAUAUUUUACUAGCUUGACAGCUGUCAUUAUGACAUUAAGGUAUGCAGUCUAAAGAAACAGAUAAAAAAAGUUAUGUUUAAAAAUAUUUUGACCGGAAUUUUUCACGAAAAGCCGUUUUUUUAAUUUCAUUUUGUUUAAAUCUCUACCUGUCAAACGAGUGUAUGUAUACGAUAACACUACAAAAUAAAAAUAGUGAAUUUAUCUUUGAAUCUGUAAUUAUGUUAAAUUGUCGUGUAAUGUUGUUCGAUUUAAA